AUGGCUGAAUUUGAAAACCGGUCAGCUCAUGAGGGUGCGGAGGAGCAGACCUGGGCCGGCGACUUCGAUCCGUUCUCCGAGGAAGGAGAGCGACAAAGCCUUUUUGCCGCGCUGGACUCUUUUCGACAAUAUCGACGCACGGCGCAUCAAUGGACCACGCAUCGACGUCGUCAGGCGUUCUAUGCCUUGCCCUCUGCUCACUGGCAGAUGCUCUCGGAGCCGCCGUUUUCCAUUCUGGAUACUUUGAACCAAGUGGAUGAUGCUAUUGACACCAACGCAGAAAUCGCCGACGCCAUUCUCGCCCUGAGCUUGGAGUCUUUUGGCCUUGAGGCUGAUCCGGAAAAGGGCGAUCCGCACAAUUGGCACGACACGGCGACUACAUCCGACGUCAACAAGGCGUCCUCCACCAUACGACAAUUCUUUCGCGACUGGAGUGCCGAGGGUCGCGCGGAGCGGGCCGUUUGCUACGACCCUGUCCUCCGAGAUCUUGACACCGAAUUUCAAGCGCGCCGAGACGCGGGCGAGGAGAUCCGUGUGUUGGUACCUGGCGCCGGCCUCGGCCGACUCGUCUUCGAAGUUUGUCUCGCAGGAUAUGCCGCCGAGGGGAAUGAGAUCUCGUAUCAUCAAUUGUUCGCCAGCAGCUGGAUCCUCAACCACACCGCCGGCCCUGCCGCCCACGCGUUGCAUCCAUUUGCUCUCAAGUUCUCCAAUCUCCACUCCCGGGCCCAGCAGCUGCGGAAAGUGAUGAUUCCCGAUGUCCAUCCUGGGUUGGCGAUGGCCAAGGCGGCCGAGACACAAGCUCCCUUUGGGUCCAUGUCCAUGACGGCCGCGGACUUUGUGGUACACUACAUGGAGCCCAGUAAUCGCGAGUCCUUUGACGCGGUAGCCAGUGUGUUUUUCAUCGACACGGCGCCAAACCUCAUUCGAUACAUCGAGACCGUCUAUCAUUGCUUGAAGCCGGGGGGUCUCUGGAUCAAUGUGGGACCACUACUGUGGCAUUUUGAAGAUGGCCAUCCGCGCACAGACGAGGGUGAAGGCACGGGGAGCGAGACCAAGAGCACUGACCAGGGGUCCUUUGGGAUUGGGGAGCCCGGUAACGUGGAGCUCAGCGAGGAUGAGGUUCUCUGCCUCGUCGAGCGCAUGGGUUUUUCUAUCGAGGUACGCCCGAGUGAUCGACAGCCGUGCGGCUACAUUCAGGAUCCGGAAAGUAUGUUUCAAAAUCUUUAUCAGCCAUCGCACUGGGUAGCUCGCAAGGCUGUUCAGUAG